AUGGUGUUUGUGAUCCAUCUGUCCACGGCGUGGCAAAUUUUAGCUAUAGCGACACUUUUUGCUUUAUUUUGUGUCACAGGCUUUGGAAUCUACAAUCUCUUCUUUCAUCCCCUGCGCAAAUAUCCUGGCCCCAGGCUCUGGGCAGCAUCACUUUUUCCUUCCCUCUGGUACUUCACUCAUGGUGAGCUGAUUUACAAAUUGCGAGAAUUGCAUGAGCAGUACGGCGAUGUGGUUCGGAUCGCCCCUGACGAGGUGGUCUAUAUCGGCCAGGAAGCCCAGAAAGAUAUUUAUGCCUUCGGGGGUGGCUCUGGUCCUUUCGUCAAAUCCCCCGACUUCUAUUUUUCUCUGGGUGGCUCACACUCCAUUGUGACAACACCAAAGAACGCGGAACAUGCGAAGAUUCGCAAACUUCUCGGCUCUUCUUUCUCGGAGAAGGCGAUCCGAGAGCAGGAGCCGGCCGUGAUGAAUUUCAUCAAUCUAUUCAUCAAGCGAUUACACGAGAGGGCACACCAGGGCCCGCAAGAUCUCAGCAAGUGGUUCAACCUCAUCACAUUUGAUGUCAUUGGCGACUUAGCCUUUGGUGAACCAUUCGGAAGUGUUGACAGCGGCGACUACCAUCCUUGGGUGCGUACCAUGACGCAGAACAAUCUGUGGAGUGUUCUGGUCGGCUCUGCACAGCGCCUUCCGCUCAUCCAACCCCUUCUGCAGUACCUCAUUCCGGCAACCUUGAAAGAGGAAAGGGCGCAAAUGAUCGCUUACACCAAGGAUAAAGUUGCUCGCCGUAUCCCUCAAGGUUCGACGCGGACUGACUUUAUGAGUCCUCUGCUUCGCGCAGAUUCAUUCAGCAUCCAGGAGUUAGAGCUCAAUGCGAUGACCUUUGUAGUAGCAGGAAGUGACACCACGGCAUCGUUACUGUCCGGUCUCACUUAUCAUCUGUGCCUUAACCCACAUGUAUUGGAUAGACUCACAGCCGAAGUGAGAUCGGCGUUCCGGAGUGACGAUGAGAUUAACAUGACCAGCGUCAAUUCCCUCAAAUACGAAAUGGCGGUCCUCAAGGAAGGAUUGAGAAUUUUUCCUCCCGCCUCCGCUGGAUUGCCCAGAAGAGUACCGGAAGGUGGUGCUACAGUCGCAGGAGAAUGGGUUCCCGAGGGGACCCGCGUUCAUGUCAGCCCUUGGGCAUCAUAUCAAUCAUCCUCUCGAUUUUAUCUCCCGCAGUCUUUCAUCCCAGAAAGAUGGUUAGGCGACCCUCGGUUUGCAAAUGAUGAUCUCAAGAUUAUCACCCCCUUCAGCAUUGGUCCCCGGAACUGCAUUGGAAUGAAGUGA